AUGUCUGGUAGAGAGCGUCAGAUCAGUGAUGUAUCAACCCGAACUCAUGAGAGACCGCUUGCGACUCGCCAUACUUCCCAAGAGUUUCAUUACCCAGUCUUGAACCCUCUGCUACCAAUGCUUCGUGAAUUCAUGCCGGACGCCCUGUCGUACAGUCUUCUCGAGGCCUAUUUUGAGCUUUGGUCACUUCAUGGUGCGCCAAAAAAUCUGUUCGUUCCGUGUUCAGUUUUCCAAAAGCAUUCGUUCCUUACUCAGAUCAAUCCGCGACGGACGAGUAAAGUGCUUCUGGCGAGUAUGCUGUGGCUUUCUGCUCAGAAUGCAGAUAUACCCUUGCUGAGCUCCAGCUCUGGUAAGCGUAAAUAUAUUCGAAGGAAGCUGCUACAACUUGUCACCAAUCUGCUCAAGCCUCUGAGUGAGAUGGCCUUUAGUGGUUAUGAAGGCCUGAACGACGUGAGCCCUGGUGGAACAUCCUCUCAGUAUCUUGACGAGUGUAUGGCCUACGUUCAUCUUGCCAUGGUCACCUCGGCGAGCGCAUUCACCCGUGCGAGCCUCCGAUGGUGGAAUAUGGCUUUCUCAUUAGCCAGAGAGAUAGAUCUCCACCAGCCGUUGCUCGAUCAUGAUGGCUAUGGACCAGAAGAUGCCAUAUACUCUGCCCAAGAGAGUCCUAUCAAUGAUACGCGUAAUGUAGCCCGUGAGCUUUCUGGCAAGAAAACCCCUCUGGCUGAGGAAAGAAAGCGCGUCUGGUACUUCCUCUAUAGCAUGGACAGACAUAUCUCCUUCUUCUUCAAUAAGCCGCUCUCACUUCUUGACUCCGAAUGCUCGAGCCUGGAAAGGCCAAUCUCGGAGCUUUCAUGGCAGAGUGGAGAAGAGCAAUUUGAAGAUACAGUCGGCCAUGGACCUUGGUAUUAUUGUACAGGGACCGACUUCUUCCAGUUUUUCACGCCUCUGAUGGCUCUUUUGGGCGAGACUGUGUAUUUCACACUAGCUCAAAAUCAUCCUAGAUUUGGCAUCUCUGUACAUACGACCAACGACUGGUCGAACUGGAGAUCUGCCAUCCGAGAAAAGCUGGACGAUUACAAAAACGGUAUCUCAACCAUGAGAGAUUCUGCCGAAAGAUCUCAGAGAGCGGAAAGCGAUGGCUCACAAACAACGGACAGGUCUCCCAUGCAAGAACCCAGAUAUCAAGAUCCUCGCAGCGCGGUCGUGUUUGCUUAUGCCGAAUUCUUGAUACCUGUGUUUCACAUCAUCCUCGAGGGUAAAUGGGAUCCUUUGACACUGCUGAAUCAACAAGACAACUGGCUAGGCUCGACAGGCUUCAAGAACGUGGUAAAGCACGCUAUAGAAGCUGCGACUCCGAUGCGCGAAUUGUUCGACCUUGAUCCAGGUCUACGGUUCAUGCCAUUCUAUCUCGGGAUCUACUUGUUCCACGUCAGUCUACCCUUGAUUCUCGUGGUAGAUCGUGUGAAGCAGAAGAUCAAUGAUCGGGUUAUCACUGCCUGUGACACCUUUAUUCGCGCCCAUGAGAUCUGCAUCUCCCAGAUACCUAGCGAGUAUUCUAUCGCUAUGUUGACGGUAUUGCGUGCGGCAAAAAUGGAGAUGCAGGGUAGAGUCCCUUGCGACACGCAAGAAAAUGCACUUCAGCGGAGGCGCUUGUUACAAAAGUUUGAUUGGACCAGCGAAGGAAGAGGUGUCGCCGCCUGA